GACGCGUCAAAUGUCAAACGCAUAUUUUCGCUGUAGCUUUUGUUUGUGCACAUCACAGUAAUGGUAUACUAACGAAAAUAUCAUAUUUGGUGGCUAAAAAUGGAGCAAUUCGUGAAUUGUGUGCUGUGCUUAACCACCGAGCCCGACAGCUUUCUCAAAGUGUACAGCGAUGAAAAGCAAAGCACCGAUAUAGCGUCCGUAAUAACAAAACAUCUUUGGCUGAAGCCGACCACCGAUUCUUACGUGUGUAAUGAAUGUUGGAAAAGUUUAAACGAGUUCCAUGAGUUUUACAACAGGCUAGAGAACAUACACUACCCCCCGGACCCAGAAGAUUCGUCGUGCAACGCAAAAGACAUCAGACAAUAUCUUUUCGAAUUUCAUCCGGUAGAAGAUGUGAAAAUAGAAGAAUUAUCUCAAGACGCAGAGCAGUUGGAAGAAAUCGAGUAUGAAUAUUUGGAGGACUGUAACGAUGAAAGCGUAGACAAUGAAACUAAACCACGGGGCAGCAGCCGGCCCAAAAGGGCCAGUGCUGCACAGGCGAGCUAUAAAAUGGAAGCGACAGAUGCGGAGUGGGAAAAGGAUUAUCUGGCCACAAACGACGAUGAGUAUGACGAUGACGAAAAUGAUGAGGAUUACGAUGCAGACAUGAAGGACGAAGCAGACUAUCUGGAAUCGGUUAAUGAUGAUGGUGACGUUAUUAACUACGACAACCAGGACGUUAAACCGGAUGUAAACGUCAAAAAGGAAAUCAUUGCACCGCCGAAAAGAGGCAGAGGUCGACCACCGAAAGUAAAAACAGAAGAAGCCGUAAGUAAACCGGAACCGAAAAAGUUACGUCAACGGACCCAAAGAAGGAAGGCAUCCAUUACCAGCAGCGAUUCGGAGCUGGCAUCCGACUUUGACGACAUGAUCGAUAGUGACGAUUGGAAAAAGUAUGGCAACGCGUCGAAGCGAAAAUCGAGAAAAUCGCUCGGCUUUCGGGAGCUGCAGGAAAAGAUAUUUUCAUACGUUAAUGAAUUUAUCUGCUAUUACUGCCCGGAGAAGGUCGUUUUCGAACGUUUUCAUCAUGCGAAUCUCCACUACAAGAAAGUUCACAAUGAGCCAGCCUUUCUAAGGUGUCCCAAGUGUGGCAGGAAAUGUUUCACUCCCGGUGGUUUUGUGAGCCACAUGGAGACACACGAAGAUCCGGAGCGAAAUAAAUGCAACAUUUGCGGUAAGGUCACGGAUCAACAAAUCACGCUUAAGAAGCAUAUGCGAGCGCAUCAGGAUAAGCUCGAAAAGGACUUCCCCUACCCGUGCCAUCAGUGCACACGCCGAUUCGAGCACGAGGAGAAACGAGACAAGCACGAGCGGCUGCAUGGCCGGAAAGUAGUCAUCAAGAAGGAAAAGGGUCGAGAUCUGGAGCUGCUUGAAUUCUACAAGCGCAUCUACUGUGACAUCUGCGAAGAACAGAGCCCCGAAUCGACCUCGUUCGACAACUUCUGGGAUCUGAAGGUGCAUAUGAGCGGGGAGCACAACAAAACACCCUACCUAAAGUGUCCACUAUGCGGCAAGAAGAAUGCAUGCCGCCAGCAGCUAAUGGUACACGUCGAUGUGCAUAACAACCCGGAACACUAUCGGUGCGAAGUAUGUAAAGAAAUUCAUCAAAAUCUAGACAAACACAUGAUCAAAGCUCAUACACCGGAAACGUCGUUACCGGAUGAGAAGAAUUACAGCUGCGAGCACUGCGGUAAAAUGUUCAAAUAUCAAACAAACCUUCGCAGUCAUAUCGAUCGUGUCCACGGCGUAAAGGAUGUGUGCUGUGACAUCUGUAACAAAUACUUCAAUCACAAAGCUCUGAGUGCCCACAAACGUUCAGCACACACGGAUGAGAUGUUCAUGUGCGAACAUUGUCCGAAAAUGUUCAAAACGCGCAGCGGUCUCGAAUCGCACAAGAGUGACCACGAUGAAACGCUGCGCAAAUCGGUCAAGUGUACGAUUUGCGGUAAGGAAAUGCGUCGCGGUGCCAGCAUGGCUAAGCACAUGAAAACGAUUCACUCGCAGGAAGAUCCGGUCAAGUGUGAUCUGUGCGGUAAGAUCUUCCGCACCACGUUCCACAUGUUACGGCACCGGGCAAACACGUGCUCGGCCACAAUUGAUUCUCGUCCGUACAAGUGUGAAGUGUGCGGUAAAGGUUUCGCCAUGAAGCUUACGAUGACGGAGCAUAUGACGACGCAUACGCGCACCAGCUUGUAUCAGUGUGCGUUCUGCUUCAAAACGUUUGGUUACAUUUCGAAUCUAUACAAGCAUCGGAAAAAGGCACAUCCUCUCGAAUGGCAAGAGGUACAGGCAAGGCCGGAACAGGGCAUCGCAACCGUAAUCGAAAUACGUAACCUUAAACCAGCAGAAAAUCCGCACGUGUGUAACGAAUGCUGGACAAGUUUACACGAUUUUCAUCUGUUUUACACCACGCUGGCAGGCAUUCAUAGCGCGGAUAUCGAGGGAAAUGAUACGAUAGAGCAGCAAACGGAAAAAUCUGAGUUGUUCGGAGCUAUUCAAGAUGACCCUUUUCGAGAAAACGACAAUGAACCAGAGCUAGCUCAUGAGAUAAAGCCUGUAACAAGAAAAAUAUCGGCCGGAGUUACUAACCAGUCCAUCGAAUACCAGACUGAAGCUGGGCCUUCGAGCAAAGAUGAAAAGAAACACUUUGUCGAGGUAAUUGAUUAUGUUAGCAACGAUGAAGAUUUUGAAGACUUCUAUCAAUCAGAGGACAAUAUGCUCGACGAUGACACUCUUAACAUCGACUACAAGGAAAAUUCUCAAACGGAAGAGUCAACACAAAUCGAUGCAAAUGAUAUUACAAUGCCUGAAGAGGAACCACCAAAACGUCGUAGUGGUCGUCCAUCGAAAGUAAAACUCGAGCAGGACGUAACUCCAACGGAAGCACUUAAAGAACCACGUACAACCGUUUCGACAGCAACGCCAAAACGACCUAGAGGCCGCCCUCCGAAGCAAACUCCGAAUGCACACAGCACAAAGGAAGCAAAUGAUAUCGGCGUCAAAGAAGAGAAAUCACCACUCCAAACAACAUGCACCGCCGCACCUUUACCGAUCAAACGUGGUAGAGGUCGGCCACCGAAAAGAAGGCUAGAAGCUUCGACCGCAGAUUUUAAGCUGCGUUCUGGUAUAAAAAUCGAAGUUAGUGAAGAAAAUCCCCCCAACACGAUAGCAGAUAGCACUAAAAAGAAAACAAUUCGUGCUCGGAAACCAACGCCAGAAAGUGAAUGCGAACAGGACGAUAAUUCAGAUGAUGAAGAAGAAUGGCGGGUGAGCAAGAACGUCACAAAACGCAAUAGAAAGGAUCGUGAUGAGCGAAUAUUCAAGUACGUGGAUGAGUUUAGCUGUUACUACUGUAUUGACCACGUGACCUUUAAACGCUUUAUUGAAGCGAACCGACACUACAAGCUGGUGCACCAGGAGUCAGCCUUCUUGAAGUGUACGAUAUGUGAGAAGAAAUGUUAUACACCCGGCAUGUUUGUAAGCCACAUGGAAACGCACGAAGAUCCGGCGAAGAGUAUAUGUACCAUUUGUGGAAAAGUUACGGACUGUAACAUCUCGCUUAAGAAGCAUAUGCGCGUCCAUUCACGCCAGCUGGAGCAGAACUUACCGUUUCCCUGCAGCAGCUGCAAACGAAGGUUCGAAUCGGAGGAGUUGCGAAACAAGCACGAAAAAUUGCACGUUCCAAAACCGCUCGUUAGGCGUGACAAGGGACCGGAUCUGGAGGUGCUUGCCUUCUACAAACGCAUCUAUUGUGAUGUUUGCGAAGAGGCGACACCUAAUUCGACUUCGUUCGAAAACUUCUGGGACCUGCGGGUGCACAUGGAGCAGGAGCACAACAAGAAUGCGUACCUUAAAUGUCCCAUUUGUAACAAGAGAAACCUUUACCGGCAGCACUUGAUCACGCAUAUAGACAUGCACAAUAAUCCGGAGAAAUAUCGGUGUGAAGUUUGUAAAGAAAUUUACCAGAACCUUGAUACGCACAUGAUUAAGGCGCACACACCCACCACGGCGAUAUCAGCAGACAAAAAGUACAAGUGUGACCAGUGUGGCAGAAUGUUCAACUAUUUGGCCAACUUAAAAAUUCACAUCGAUUGCAUUCACGGUUCGAAAGAUGUGCGCUGCAACGUUUGCGAUAAGUAUUUCAAUCUAAAAGCUUACCAAGUGCAUAGGCGAACGGCUCACACGGACAAGAUGUUCAUAUGCGAGCAGUGUCCAAAGAUGUUCAGAACACGUGGCUCAUUGGAAGUGCAUAAAACCACUCACGAUUCAACCUCGGUGCAGUUUAAGCCCUGCAAACUGUGCAACAAGCAAAUACGAAUUACAAACAUCUAUAAGCACAUGGUAACGCAACACUCCCAGGAUGGACCGGCGAACUGUGAGCUGUGCGGCAAAACGUUCCGCACCAUGUUCCACAUGAAGCGGCACCAGAAGAAUUCGUGCGAAGCAACGAUCAACUCGCGCAAGCACAAAUGUGAAGUGUGUGGCAAAGGAUUCUGCUUGAAGCUGACGAUGAUCGAGCAUAUGACGACGCAUACGCGUUCGAACAAGUAUCAGUGUGCGUUUUGCUUCAAAUCGUUUGGCUAUAUCUCUAAUUUGUACAAACAUCGGAAGAAGGCACAUCCGCAGGAAUGCAUGCCGUUCGACGUCGGGGCGCCUUUUUAUGCGCACUGGGGUGUAGCCGCGACCUUCUCGAAUGCAAAACCAGUACUGACAGCUUUAAACACAUCAAGCCAAUUCACCCUUUUCCAUACCCACGCUUGGCAUCAACAACGAAGCGUAACCAAAAUGACCUACGACAGAAAUUGCGCCCUUUGCUUAACUACAGAGUCGAGAUGGUUUUUAAGUGUGUUCAGUGCGGCCAACAAAAAUCUCGAUAUGGCAUUAAUCAUAUCGAAACACCUGUGGUUUGAUUUACACCAAGAUACCGAUCCGUAUAUCUGUAUCGAUUGUUGGACCGCUGUGAAUGAAUUUCAUCUGUACUACACCAGGCUGGAAACUAUCCAUAACGAAGGUUUGGACAAUACGUCGGUAUCGGCUUACGAUGCGAGCGAGCUGAAGAAUAUUGAAUUCCUGGAGGAAGACGCCGACGAGCUGCUGCAGUUAACACAAGCAUCCUUUGACGAAACUCGCACAGAGCAUGAAAUUGACAUUAAAGGAGCAUUGAAUUCUGCUCAGAAGCAUAAAACCAGCCCGAAAUAUUCGAAAAAGAGUGACACUAAAGGUGUAAUCGAGUUAGAUGGAUACCGAAUUGUUAAAAUUGAAGUGGAUGGUGCUGAAGACGACGAUGAUGGUACAGCGUACGACACGGAUGAUGAUCAAAGCGAUCCGGAAGCUCCGGAACGAAGUACCAAGCCAGUGAUAUUGAACGGUAGAACGAAAGCCAAUGUUGCUAGUGAAAGUUCGACGAUUGCUAUCGACAUCCUGGAGGAACCGCCAGUGAAGCGUGGUAGAGGCCGUCCUCCAAAGCGGAAACCUGAACAGCAGCAAUUUGAAGGGCACAACGCGAAGAUAAAGAGGGAUCUAGAUGAAUCUGGUGCGUCUGUAGAUUCAACAGGUGGAGACAUAGUGGAUGAGCCCGUAAAGCGUCGCAGGGGUCGUCCACCGAAGAACGCUAAUGCACUGCACAACGUAUCGAACACAACACCGCGCAUGGUUAAGAAGGAGAUAAAGUCGGAAAGUACCGAAGAGGUAACGCCCGAUCGUUACACAUCAUCUCGUCCGGAAAGAAGAUCGACACGGGUACGCAAGGUCAAGCGCUACAGCGAUAUGGAGCCGGCGAGUGAUGAGGAAAGUGAAGUGCAGGAUACACAAUACAUACUGAGCGAAGAUCCGGAUUACGAAGCGAAACUGGAGCUGCAGAAGCAACUAAACAUGGAUGAUUUUGCCUUUUACGAGUAUCAGUGCAGCUUGGAGUCGGAGCAGGUUGCGCGCGAUAACAAGAUAUUCCAGUACGUGGAUGAGUUCGCUUGCUACCUGUGUUCGGAAAAGGUCACGUUUAAGCGGUUUGCCGACGCGCAUCUGCACUAUCGCGUGGAGCACAAUCAGCCACCAUUUUUGAAAUGUCCAAAGUGUGACAAAAAGUGUCACACGCCGGGUAUGUUCGUAAGCCACAUGGAAACGCACGACGAUCCGGAGAAGAACAAGUGCGAAAUUUGCGGCAAGUACAACGAUUGUAACAUUUCACUUAAAAAGCAUAUGCGCGUACAUCAGAGCCAGCUGGAGGAGAAUCUACCGUACCCGUGCAGUCUCUGUAAGCGGAAGUUCGCGACGGAAGAUCUGCGAGCGAAGCACGAAAAGCUGCACGUACCAAAGCCUUACGUACCGAAGGAAAAGGGCCCCGAUCAGGAGGUGCUCGAUUUCUACAAAUGUAUCGUGUGCGAUAUAUGCGAGGAAGAGACACCCGAUUCUACGUCGUUCGACAACUUGAGCGACCUGCGGGCGCACAUGGUAAAGGAGCACAACAAGAACAUGUACGUGCGGUGUCCGGUGUGCUCCACGAGACAGGCCAACCGUCAGCAGGUCAUCACGCACAUUGACAUGCACAAUAAUCCGGAUAAGUAUCGGUGUGAGCUUUGUAACGAAGUGCACCAGAACCUUCACCACCAUAUGCUGAAGGCACAUUCGCCUAGUACAGCCCAAUCAUCCGAUAGCGUAAAACACAAGUGUGAACAGUGUGGUAGAAUGUUUAACUUCCUGGCAAAUUUGAAAAUGCACAUUGACUGCGUCCAUGGUUUGAAAGACGUGCGCUGCAACAUCUGCGAUAAGUACUUCAACUAUAGAGCCUACCGUACCCACAAACGAACCGCUCACACCGAUCUGAUGCUUAUGUGCGAACAUUGUCCAAGAAUGUUUAAGAAUCGAAAAUCCUUCGAAGCACACAAAGCUUUCCACGAUAGUUCGUUGCUGCGGAUGACACAGUGUACCCUGUGCGGCAAACAAAUCCGCACCGUCAGCAUGUCCAAGCACAUGAAAACGAUCCACUCGGAAGACGAUCCGGUAAAUUGCGAUCUGUGCGGCAAAAUGUUCCGCACACCGUUCCACAUGAAGCGGCACCAGAAGAAUACCUGCGAGGUAACGAUGGAUUCACGGUCGUUCAAGUGCGAGGUAUGCGGCAAAGGUUUCUCCACGAAGUUGACGAUGGUCGAGCACAUGACGACGCAUACACGCACCAACCAGUAUCAGUGUGCGUUUUGCUUCAAAUCGUUUGGUUACAUCUCCAAUCUGUACAAACACCGGAAGAAGGCACAUCCGCAGGAAUGGCAGGAGGUACAGGCACACCCGGAAGAAAACAUUCCGUCGGUUAUUGUUGUGAGAAAUUAGGCAAGACGAGCCCAUAGCCAUGCUUUCGGAAAAAGAUGCUGAGAUGCUGGAUAUUCUUUGGAUAGACCACAGCGUGUAAAUAGUGUUAAUCUACCCGGAACGGUAAGUGGUUUUAAGGUGUGCAUGAAGGUGCACAAGGCACGGUAGACCUACAUUGAAAUAAUAUUUUAAAAUAAUGAUUUAGUAUCUUUUUUAUAAUUAGAAACUUUGUUGGUUAUUACUGAUGAAAUGUUAGGUCAUACACUGAACACAUGCACACACGAGUAGGUGAGAAACAUUAAAGCCAGAGAAAGUUUCAAUAAUCGAACACAUUGUGAACAUUAGUAACAUUAGUAACACCGUCAAGAAAACAUUUCUAUCAAUAAAAUAAAGUUUUUAAGUUAAUAAACAA